CUUGUAAACGCAGAGGAAGCGCUAGUUGCUAACAGUUACAGACAAACCUAUGAAAUAAUGGAUCAGAAAAUUCCUUAUGACGACUACCAGCUUCCAGUUGUAUUCCUGCCGUCUUAUGAGAACCCACCAGCAUGGAUACCUGCACAGGAACGUGUUCAUCACCCGGACUACAACAAUGAGCUGACCCAGUUCUUACCUCGCACCAUUGUAUUAAAGAAACCACCAGGAGCACAGCUGGGCUUUAACAUCCGAGGGGGCAAAGCGUCCCAGUUAGGAAUCUUUAUAUCCAAGGUGGUCCCGGACUCAGAUGCCCACAGAGCAGGACUACAAGAAGGAGACCAGGUUCUUUCUGUCAAUGAGGUUGACUUCCAAGACAUAGAGCACUCAAAGGCCGUUGAGAUCUUGAAGACUGCGCGGGAAAUACUGAUGAGGGUUCGCUUCUUUCCUUACAACUACCAAAGGCAGAAGGAGAGGACUGUACACUAGGUGGCAGCAAAAAGCGAGGAAAGAGGUGGACUUGACUGUGUCUCAGUGGCCUCGUCAUCACCCUCCUCCCACAGACUCUGGCCCCCAUUCUGUCCCAGCUUCAGAAUAACUGACGUACAGUACACUUCUCCAUUUAAGGGCAACAGUCAACUAAUUUCUUUCUCUCACGGAGAGAACGCAAACAGGAUCCAUUUGAGUCAUAAUUAACUGAUACUUAAAGGAAUAGCCUUUAGAUACUGUAAUUAAAUGUAUCAACAUGGCCUUUACUUUUCCCUUAAAGCCUAAAUAGAUGUUUUUAACCACAGUAACACCAGCAGUAGCUCUGAUGACUCCAAGAUACAGUAUAUUUCUGUAAUUAACUGUACCUAAGAAAUUGGCAACUGAGUGUGAAUUCAAACGAGUUCACAACACACAGUAGAUUUGUCUUUUAACUAAAAGUGAAUACACUGAACACUCUUGUUUUUAAUUUAACAAUUAUUUAUAAUUGUGUAGGAAAUAUUAAAUUGUGUAAAUAUUCUAUAUUUUCAGUGGCUGCCAAUGUGGACCCAGCGUUAUUUUCUUUUAAUACAGACAAGUAUUCAUUUUGUUCAUGUUUUAUACAAUUUUACCCUCUGCUCCUGGGCACAAAUAUGAUGAGUCAGUUAUUACUCAGAAAUGUCGAGUCAGCAUUUCCAACUGUUGCUUUUUUUGCUGUUCGCCAUCCUCUCCUAUAUUUUUCAGCCGAUUUCAACAAUUCAUACAUGGAAAUUUCAGUGCGUGCAGCACAUUUUCAGCUAUUUCAAGUAUUGACAUGAACACGUUAUGCCUCGUGUCUUGGCAUAUAAUUGCUGAAGCCUUAUGACGGUGCGUUUGUGUGUGAUGCAGAUCCAGAGAACUGCAGGUUUUCACUUGGGACUCAAAGCUUUGCCGGGCAGCUUAAUUGUUUUAGAUUAUGUAUGUGCUAAAAGUAAAAUAAGGUUUGGCCAUCAAGAAAAUGUGCAAAGUAUAGGUGGAGGAGUUACAAAAGCGCUGUUCACUAACAAAUUGUAUCCACCUGAUGACCCAGAGCUCAUUAUGAAACUUUUUUUUUAAUCAUUAACAUUGAUAAGUUAAACAAAUAAAGUAUUUGAACUCUUAACCACCGCGUGUCUCUGUGUGCUUCGAAAUCCUGAAAGAAUUGCAAAUAAACUGGUUUGCUCGGGUACAAGUAGCCAGACUCGUUCCACUUAUUAAUUUGGUUUCUCUUGAAACUGACUUUGACAGGAGCGUAGUGAAUGACCGUGAUUACCGAAGCAUAUUUAACAUUGUGAAGUUUAGUAUUUUGUUAGAAGUCAAGACCAUGUCACAUUGCUCAAAUGUCUUAAAGAAGAAAACAAGCCAACAGUCUCAGCCAGCACAGCUUCAUUUCCAACAUGCCUUCAUCUGAGGUUACAGUAAAAAUCUGAAAAAUAAAUAAAUAAAAUAACAAGAUUUCCCUGUAUGGUCCUUCCAAUCUGGCAGGUAAAAUGGUAUUUGGCGAAAAACGAAAAGACAAACUUACUAUAUGCACAUUUGACAUGUUCCUACGAGAUUCUCAUCAGAGCAACAGGUGGUCAUUGAACGUCAAUGCAAGUCUACAGUAUAAUUUAUGUAAGAAUUACAGUGGAUACACUUUGAUUGCACGUCAUCAUAAACCUUCAAACAGUCUUCAUGUGUUACAAAGUGGAAGAGUGUAACUGCUCACUCAUCAUGACGAAGCACAAUGAAUGUUUUUAGAAAUAAAAUUACCAUUUAAAAAUAAAAUAGAAAAAUAAUCAGGAGCAAACCUUAAAGUGUCUUUGGUCUUAGAUUAAGCUUUAAGAAAAAAAAGGUCAGUGCCCAGAAGUGUCUGCCACAGUGUUACAUGCAAUUAUCAUGAAACUUGUUUUAAAACUUAUUAACGUAUUAUUAACGUGAUUAAACAAAAUAAAAGUAUCCAUUUUAGGUGUGGUCAAAUCAUUUAGAGCUGAAGUCUAAUAAAUAAGGUUAAGAUUAAAUAGUUUAACGUGUGAUUAUGGUGAGAAUUACCAUACAAGUCAGUUUCAUUCUACUUUCACCACAAAACACCACCUCAUCGUAAUCGACGACGACAAUUACUUCCCUAAUGUGUACACACGUCACAUGGCUGAAAAAAAAUUAAAUAAACGAGGCGUGACAGAGAAGCCAUAGUAAAUGAAGAGCUGAAACUACACCAAUAUCCAAACCCCCAACACCUGUAACAC